AUGUGUGAGACAAAAGAACUUUCUUUACUUUCCAUUCAGUACAAAAAUGUGCUGAAGCUGUACCUGCAUCACCACAGUCAAUGUCUCAUAUAUGGAAUGUUGCUGUAUAAUCCUGCUAUCACCACUAAAAACGAUGAUCAAUACGGCUUCUUUUGCAACAAGUGCUUUGACGACAUCAAAUCAAAUAAAACUCCCGCUCUAUCUCUUGCCAAUAAUCUCUGGGUCGGCGAAAUUCCAGAUGAACUUGCGAUGCUCACUCUUCCUGAACGCAUUUUGAUUGCAUUAUCAUAUCUUGCUGCAUAUAUCAUCAAACUUUUCCCAAAGAAACGCGGUGCUGUUCACUGGGAUACAGCUGGUUUGAACAGUGGUUUACAUGGGAAUGUAUCGACAUAUCAACUCAAUAUAUCUGCUAUUUCAGCUAUGGUGGAAGGAAAAUUACUUCCUCCCAAACCCGCCAUACUAGAAGCCAUAAUCGGUGUUUCCAUUGUAGGACCUAACAAUUUCCCUGAACAUUGCUUACCUGCUUUUCUUACUGUGAGCUGCCGUCAUCUACGGAAUGCACUGCUCUUCCUUAAACGAGAAAAUCCAUUGUAUAACAACAUCGCAAUAUCUGAAGAUAACAUCGCAUUGUUUCCAGAACAUGGCAUUCCAGAUGUCAUUACUGCAUCAGUUCGUCAUCUCAAUGAUGUCAGAGCAGCUGAUAGUGAGCGAGAAGACUAUGUACCUGAAGAUGAUUCUGAAGACAUAUUUUGUGAACAGAACAAAGCUUUUCCAAUGGGCCAACAUGCUGUAGAAGACAAUAUUGUUAGUGAUACAGGUCAGCUCUAA